AAAUAAUAAAUAAUUUAAAAAAUUACGAAAAGUGAAAUUUAGUGAUUAUUGUUCGGUGAAUGUUGGUGUGGUGAAGUAUCAGCACCAGACAAAAACCGCUAAUAAAAAAAAAAAAAUUUUUAAACUAAAUUUCGUGAAUAUAUUCUAGAGCUGCAAUUGGCAGCAUCGUGAUUUUCGAUCAGUUUAAUUUUUCAUUUUCCACGUGUGUAGUGAUUGCGGUAAAUGUCGGUGUGGUGUCAAGUAUCAGCACCAGACAAAAAUCGUUAAUAAAAAAAAAAAAAAUUCGCUUGCAUUCACGAAGACCGUUUGUCUGCUGCACUUGUCUCCAAUCAAAAUUUCAUUUUGCGAUCCUCCAGCCUAAAAUUAAAACGUGCCCAAAUCCUAAAUAAAGUUUUGAAGUGAAAUUAUUUAAAUUAUUUCGGAAAUUAUAAUUUUUUGUCGCAAAAAUAAUUAAAUUCGCAUUUUCCCGUAAACUUCCCGGAACUGUUUUUCGUGCCAGCAAAGUGAGAAAGUUUUCGCCAAUUUUUACAACAAAAAUUUUCCUGCUCAAUUCUUAUUGCUGCUGUUGGUCACUGCUACUGCAGUUUCCUGAUCAAUUCUAUUGCUGCUGUUGGCCGCUGCUACUGCAGACUGCUACUGCAUUUCGCUGUUGCUGUUCGCUGCUGCUGCAGAUUGUCGCUGCUAUUCACCGCUGCUGUUGGUUUUCGUUUUUUUUUUGGAUGGCGUGCCACUGUAACACCACUGCCGUUUGCCAGGUUUGCCGGAAGACGAGGACUCCCAGAAAAAAUCUAUUGCGACAAUGCGACAAAUUUUGUAGGUGCCGAUCGCAAGCUGAGAGAGCUGAUAGAGGCGUUUCGAGAGCACAAGGACGAUCUGGCAUACUAUGCUGCACAAAGGGGCAUAGAGUUUGUCUUCAUACCACCCAGGGCACCUCAUUUCGGAGGAUUAUGGGAAGCGGCGGUAAAGUCGGCAAAACACCACAUACAACGAACAACCAACAGUGCGCUUCUUACCAGCGAAGAACUGCAAACAGUGCUCGUAGAGGUAGAAGCCCUGCUAAAUUCUCGGCCACUCAGUCCAUUGAGUCAAGACCCGAACGACAAAGAGGCGCUAACACCAGCACACCUGUUGAUAGGAGGUACUCUCCACACGCUGCCGCAAGAAUCCGCACAAGGCGUCUCCGACAACAAAUUGACCACUUUGAAACGUUGGCGUCUGUUAUGCGAGCUCAAACGGAGGUUUUGGCAGGCCUGGUCGAAAGAUUACAUCCUACAGCUGCAGCCCAAGAACAAGUGGGUGUUCGAGCAGCCGAAUCUCGCAGUCGGCCGACUAGUCGUCGUCCAAGAAGACAACCUUCCCUCUCACCGGUGGAAGCUCGGAAGGGUGGAAGCCGUAAUUACAGGUCGCGACAAUAAGGUCAGGGUCGUUGACGUCAAUACCAGCAACGGAAUUCUGAGGCGUCCAGUUCACAAAUUAGCGAUGCUGCCAGAAAAUUGAACACAUGAUCGUGCUUCAACGCGGCCGGUGUUGAAUGUUUAUAUUUUAUAUUGCAUUUUUUGUUUAAAGUAGUUAAAAUAAAACGCGUGCUGCUCAUUUUUAUUGUCAAUAUGCAACCCAAUGUUGACUUUCGUCAACCUUGCACAUUACAUACGGUAAUCUUAAAAAAACAACAACUUUAAUUUUAUACAGUUUUUUAGCUUCCAGACUGAACUGGGUUUUUUGAUUCUCUCUCUUGCAUUUCAAGUCCCAAGUGAACAGCACGCGUUUUAUUUUCAAUUUUCGAUUUAUUAAAAUUUUAAUUUCUUAAAUAAAGUGUAAUUAUUCUGAAUAAA